AUGAAAGGACUCGCAUAUGCUGAGGCAGCACAUGGAGGCAGUAGGAAGUGUUGCAUUGCAGGGUCCCUGAUGGAUAUGCAGAACGUCCAGGCAGUGCAUCACCAGGGCAACGGAAAGAAUACUGAUCUACACAAUAACAUACUCAAAUUUGAGAUGAAGAACAAAAUGGAAGAAAAGUUGAGCAGCGGCAAAAACCGCUGUCCACUUCGCACACCCGCGAAAAACGCAUGUAAUGAGAACAGUUACCUGAGGGAAGAAGACAAAUUCCUUUAUAGCAAGUCUAAAGAUUUGACCUACUAUUCGGUUAAUCCCAAACCAUUAAAUAGUAGCCCCUCAUCAAGCGAGCUGAGCAUGAACCGAACGGAACUAAAAAAGAAAAGUGAUGACUUGGUGGUUACUCACAUUUUGCAAAAUGAGGAAAAUGACGUCAUGUGCGAUAAUGGAAUGUCACCAGAGGUAGGAACUAAGGUCAGGAAAAAUGACACCAGUAAUGAGAAGAGCAUGACGGGGAUGGGAAGGGAACCUGUCUUCGGAAGGCACGACUCGUUAGAGAUGAUAUUUCGUGAAGGGCAUAUCCCCCCCAGGAGCAACCAUUACGAGGGUGACAAUCAUCCCCCCUUGAUCUGCAAAAUGGAUGGUACGUCAUAUGACAAGGACAAACGAAUGGCACUUCCAACGCAAUACGAAAUGCGAGAUCCACUACAUCCUUUACAUCAAAGCGGGGAGGACAAAAUCCCAAAUGAAGGAACCAGCAUCUUUCCGUCCAGACUUAUAAAAACAGAAUGGACUGCAAAUCAUGUGGGGGGUAGGGAAAAUAGCCAUAAGAAAGAAGCAACCCCUGAUGCUGAUAUGAGUGCUAUUGCUGAAGGAAGAAACGGCUUUGUUAAGAUAACGAAAGAGGUGCAUGGAAGCAAUAAUUACUCCUUCAUCGAUCAGAGAGGUACACCCAAGAGGAACCACAUGAAUGAAAUGGAAAGAAAACAAAAUGGCACUCAAGACAGCAGCGGAAGUAGCACCACAAGGCAUAGAGGACAUUUGCCCGAUUUACCACAUUUUGGAACUAUACAAGAUGAAGGGGAAAACGCAGAAGAUGCAGAUUAUUGCAACACUGCCAGUGUUAUGGGAUCCAACGACCCGAAGAAGAGCACGCAGCUACGAAGCCGUGUUAAUGAAGGUCAACUGAAAAGGGCAAACGACUCGACAAACCAGGAUGAUUCCCCAAAUGAAAUGCACAAAUUUAACAACACUGAACAGAGUCUGAGUGACCUAAUUAGAGCGUUCCAGUUGAAGAGAGCCCAAAACAUGGGUGCUCCAUCAUCGAGUGACUUACCCGGUGUAGACAACCCCAAGAAUAAUUACGCAGAGAAUCGUAGCGCUGCUCCAAAAAAGGAGAUGGCCACACGUUUAUACAACUGCACUAAUGCUAAUAACGUAAAGGUGGCUGAAAAAUGGGUCAAGCGUUAUGAAGCACCACCUCAGGGUAACGAACAAAAGAUAGAAGAGCUGGGGGAUGUGAAAAAAGGAGCCACCUUAAAAAUGAGCUACAAUAGGCAGAUGCUGAACCCAUCCAAAUGGGUUCUAAAGGACCCAUUUAACAAACCGAAAAGGAGCAGGUCGGACGAUAAGACGUUUCUCCUAAGCAAUAACAGCGGUUUUACAGAUUCAAUGCACACAUAUGGGUACGCUCAUCAUGGUGAAAACAAAUUGGAACAUGUAGAAAAUAUGGGAGAAGACCCAAUGGAUUACUACUACCUACCUAGGGAUACAAAUAUAAUAGAAUUGGAUGCAGAGGGAGGAAAUAAUUAUCACUUAUUAAACCAUCAAAACUGUGAAAGUACCAAUGACUCCUCCUCUGUGCAUGAAGGGAUGCCAUACGAAAAGUUGCAGUACAUCCCGGCAAAUUACAUGAUCAUAAAUGGGGAAGAAUAUCACCCAAGUGUAGAAAAUGUAAAAAAUGAGCAAAUGAUUAACAGUCAGGAGAACCUUACAUAUCCUCUAAUGUCAGACUUUAUGCAGCCACUUGUGGGGAGUAGAAAAGGGCUAGAAAAGGACGACUCCAAUUAUGGCUCCUUUGUAGAGAGGAAAAGCUGCAAGGAUGGAGACUUCGUUCACCAGAAGGAUAAGCUAAGUAAAAGUAUCAACUAUAUUAGGCAAAUUAAAAAGGCCAAUGAGCAAGCAAGGUACGCAAUUUCGAUGGAAGAUAAGGUGAAGAGGACAAGACAAGCGGAGGAGUGUGCCAGGGUGGAAGAGAAUGGAUAUUUUGUGUCCCCUCGUUUUGGUUCACUCAGCCAGGAAGAGGUGGAAGAGGUGAGAGAAGCAUCAUCCUGUGGUGAGAAAAAAAAUAGAAGAGUCAACCCUGUUAUUUCCUCCAAGCGGGAUUUACGGGAAGAAGGGAUACUAAAGAACGCAAGAAAGCACGGCAAUUCGAAAAAUGGCAAGAAUGGCUACGCAAACUGGGCUCUGAAAAACGAUCGUGGAGAGUUUCAUCAAAAAAUGAGCAAAGAUAUGGAAACGCCGCCCAAGGAUAGACGAGUCGAGUUGGUGCAAAACGUAGACCUAGCCGAAGAUCACCUGAGUGGUGAGAAGAUAGGCACUCCCAAUCGUCCAAAUCAUUCCAAUCGUCCUAAUCGUCUGCACCAUUCGAACGUUUCCAACGUUUCCAACCUGUCCGAUUCGCUAAAAUUAAUUGAACUAAAGCGAAAGGGGGAGAUCUGCAAAAGUGGAGCAAACGUUCGGGCGAGCGCCAAAAAGGAAGACUUCCCCAUGAAGCAAGAUCAUAAAAAGGACGAAAAAUACACAAAAAGACAGACCAACACAACAUUACGUAGGUGCCCCAAAAUAGGAAGCAAAAAAAAUGACACCAACAAAGCACUUAAAAUCAAAUCUCCUUUCAUUUCUAAGCACAAUAAUAUUCCCAUGCAUGCAGUACAAAUACGUAACGAACCACUUAAGUCGAUCAAAAUGGUAAGGGAGGAACGACAACACAGGCACCACAACGAAAGUCAACAAUACGGUAACCUGAACAGGACAGGAAAAAUUAUCUGCGAAAGGAAAAAAAUGAAGAGCAAGGAUAAGUACAUCCUUUUCCAAAAGGGAGCGUCUAAGAAGGAAAUAGAUCAGGAUACUCCAGUAGAACAAUCCGACAAGGGAGACAUAAAUAAAAUAUACACCAUUCCCUCUUGUCAUAGCUCCAGUUCCUAUGAUAACAGUCCUAUUCGCUCCCUCAACAAUUCUAACCUAAGUUGUGAUUCGCAGGAGACCAAACAGGUCAGCACCUUGGCCAAUAUGCGCAAAAAUAAUUUAUCCAAAAUGAAGGAAAUGAUCUCCCGAGAAAGGGAAGCUGUGAGGAGAGGCGCCAUUGUUGCGUACCCCCACAAUGGUGCACGAGGUGGGAAAAAUUCCAAAUGGGAGGUCAAGGGGGUAGGAAAGAAGGACGCCAAAGGGGAACCCAAAAGAAACGCAUUGUGCAGGACGAAGAACGUAGCGCCCAUUGAGACUUCCAUCUAUGGCAAGCACGAGAUAGGAAAGGGUACGAAGGGCAUAAUGGGAGGCCGCUUGGGGAAUGACUCCGUGGAGACUCAAAUUGUAGAAUCCCACAAAGCGGAGGAUUACAACAUUAGUGCACGAAAAGCAAUUUUAGCAAAAAAGAACAAAAGCGAAAAAUAUCCUCUCGAUAUAGAAGUCUCAUACAAAUGCAAAAGCAUUUACAUAAAAAUCAACGUAGACUCAAAUAAUGAAGAGCUACUGAAACAUACACAACACAAGUUCCCCAAAAGAAGUCUGGAGUUUAAAUUAUUCACUACCAAGUUUGUCAAUGGCUUCAUUAAAUCAACCGAAUCCAAAAUUUAUAAAUCAUCAAGUAUUAUCUUGCAAAAUGCAGAGACUGAUGUUUUUUAUAAUAUUACUAUUCAUGUGUAUAGCACUGUUGUCUCUAGCCUAUGGCUAUAUGGAUCCGCUUCGUUCUAUCUGACUAAAUAUAAUGUUGACAGAUUUAAACUAAAAACGCCUUCCUCUGUUACGUUUAACAAAGAGGGGGGUGUCAGAAAUGGGAUGCUUAGUGCGGAACGAAGUGCACCGAAACGGGUGGCCUCCUCCAGCUCAUUGGCCAGGGAAAAAAAAGGGGAAUCCAAAGGUGCCUCGAAAAACACGCCUGAGAAGGGCAAACAUGGCGAACCACUUUUCUUUACAAACUCGGAGGGACAAAAUACACAGGAUUGUCUGCUAGAAGAGGAGGUGAAAGACAUCUCCCUUGAUGAACAUUCUUCCAGCUCCUUCGACGAUGAUAUUUCUUCUGACGAAAGCGACGUCAGGAUGGAAAAUGUAAAUAGUGGUAUUAAUUUAAAGGGGUCCCAUAAUGUGGCACAUCAACAUAACAGUGGCCACAGUGACCAUAAUGAUGAUGGACAAGGGAUUUCUAACAAGGCUGACUCCAACCAAAGAAAUGACUCUGUGCGCAAGGAAGGUGGAGUCAGCAGCUCUACCUAUGACGAAUUGCUCGUAAAUUUGAACCAUGUUAACAAAAUUAAAAUAAAGAAAAAUGAAGCCCAAAAUGUUCAUUGCGAUAAGGGGGAACCUGGCACAUCUGCAGUAGAGGAGAAAAACACAUCUAACGGUGAGGAAGAAAAUAAUCUUCAACAUAAUCACAGAGGGUCAUCUCGUGGACAGCAUGAUCCAAGUGAACUCCCCAUAGUGGAGACAGACAGUGCAAGUUACAUAACUGAAGUUGUUCAAGAGGAGGAUCAUCGUGUACAAAAAUCCCUCCAAUCGGAAAAUUACUUAGACGAAAAUAAAGAAGGGAAUUUAAAAUAUACCAAAUUUUUGAUGGAAACGGGGGGACAUAAUAUAAUGCCAGAUUCGACAAAACUCCUUUCAAAUUCUUCACUAGGUAAAGAAGACACAACUCCUUGUUCUUUUAUACCUUCGAGCACCCGCUCCUUUAAGGAUACCCACGAGAGUAGCAGCGGAAGUGUAGAAUCCCACAAAGGGAAACAAUCACCUGCUGGGGGGCCACCCCUCAUGAAAGACAAAAACAAUUUCAAAAUAAAUUUUUUCAGAAACUGUGAGUCUGGCUCCGCGACAAAUAUUUUGGAUAAAAACAAAAAAUCCUCUAACGUAGAGGAAGGUCUUCCCAUGUUAGGUGCACAAAAAGAAAAGCUAGCACAGAUAGGUCGUUUACUAAGUGAGAAAUGGACAGAAGAUAAAAACGAAAAUUGUAUGACCAUUGUCCAGGAGGUGGAAGGCAUCCCUAAGGAGAAUAAUGCACACAUGACUAAAAGCCUCAACUUGGGGGGGCUAACCUUAACCCGUGCAAAUGUCCCCCCAAACGGAAAAGAGACAAAGGGAGACAAUUCGAGAAGACACCUUCAUAACAGCUUUGUACACAUCCCUUCCAUGGAAAAAUGGAAAAAAGAAAAUGGUCUAAGGAAUGAUUCGCAUCUAUCUAAUGAAGACCCACAGCUAGCCGAGAAAGAACCCAAUUCCACGCCAAAUCUCGUUUUCUCAAGGGGUACAUUUGUGUACAAAAACGAAAACGAAGAUGCAGAAGGGUUGGAGGCAACGCAGGGAAGGGAUGAACAAAAUGAGGUGAACCUUUUGAGCGAAAUUAGAAAUGCAAAGAAGAGCAAUGAUGAGGGUUUCCCACAUUCGAGUGACCUCACCGUAUCUGGCGAUGUCCAGGUAAAAGCAAAGGAAUGCGCAAGUGGAUCGAACGAACAUGGACCCGUUUCCCGGGACACCCCUUCUCAUGAUAAGGGAGAAAAACUCUCUAAAGGAAAUUUUCCAGCCGACAAAGUUCCCACAUUUAGGGACGAGGUUGGCAAAUGGAAUCCGCUGAACAGGUCCGAUGCUAAGCACACGGCCGACUCGAACUGCAACAAAUGGAUCCUCCACAAAAAUGGAAAUGUAGCCAAUAAAGCGAGUGCUCCUAAUGGACUGAGCACGCAGAAUAGCAUCUCGGAUGGUAAAUCGGUUCACAAAUUUGGCCCAUGGAUGAACAGAGGUUAUUACCCCCCACAAGGCAAGUACACUCUACCAGUGGCGUCUCCUUACAAAAUGCACCAGGGUAGAAGCGUAGGCAUGUAUAAUCCGGUGUGCAGUCCUAUGUGCAACCCGGUGAGUAAUCCUAUGUGCAGUGCCAUGCCAGACAAGUCAACAAAAUUGCAGAGCAAAAACAUACCAGUGCAGUUACGCACACGUGCAGAGGAGGGAAAAAUGAAGUACGCACAGCUCCCCUAUUUUAACAAAACCAACAGGAUGGUAAAUUUACCCAACGGAGCUUACUUACUUCAGGGGAACAAUACAGUGGGGCAUAAAGUAGGCAGAGAUUUUGCAAAUAAGUUUUCGCACAUUGGGGAGAAACGUGCGCCAAGCGGUUUGAGAAGCGGUAUUCCAAGUGUGCUUCCGAGUGGCACUACCAACGGGCUGGAAAAAAAAAUGCACAACUCAGAGGACCUACUGUACAAAAGCAACAACUACAAAAAUGUCCGAUGCGCGCAGGGGGCUGUGGAGGUUCCGCCUAUUUACAACACCUGUAAGUCUGUCAUAAGGCAGGAUGGGUAUGUGGACCUUCCCCACUUUGCUCAGAGACAGAACUACAAUGGAGCGAACUGUCCAAUUUUACCGACACAAAUGGCUACCAGCCAGAAUGCCGAAACGCAUGCAAAAGAAUCUGCACCCAAAAUUCCCCCCUAUGAAGAGAGCAUCACGAAAGAUACGCCGCAUGGUGGUAUAAACCUACGUCUUAGAAAAAGCAACCCUGAGGAGGACGGGUUACCAACUGUGGGUGCAUUUCCCCAUAACCUGGAACCCAAAACGGGCGCUAAUAAUUGCCCCUCAAGUGGAGGCAAUGUCCCCCGUAAGGACCUCACCCAGGCGGAAGAUAACAACUCUUACAAGAAAGGGCCCACUCAGACGUUCCAGAAGUAUCUCAAUGGAGAAAUAACGGACUGUGUCCAAGGGGGUGUCCUACCUGGGCAGGGGGGACCCAGCAGUGGUCAGCAGCAUAUCAACCUGGUCAGCGGCGCCCACACUUCAACAAACAAACUCGCUGCAAGCAUGCAGGGCAACACGGACAUGUACUUACGCCAAAAGGGUUCACCAAACAACGGACCAUCACUAUUCAACCCCCUUGUGGGAGACAACAUGCCCAAAGUAUACAAUAAUAUUAAAAUGUUUGCCUUUAACGAGGAAGGCAUAACAGCUCACCUUGAAAAUCAAAAAAGGAACAAAAACCAGGGGAAAACCCCCCUAUACCCUUACAUGCAACACAAUAUGCACACCUAUGGUACAAGAAUGCAAAACAAUUUGGAUCACUUCAAAAAUGGAUACUACUUACCCAGUUGUAGUCCUCCCGAUGAUGUACAAAUGAGAGCAGCAUGCCUAAAUGAGCAUGCAAUGCACAAUAAUCAAAAUGUUUUAAAAAAAGGAAACGAACAUUAUUUCGGAAGGCCUAUGCCAAACCCCGUUAUGUCUACCUAUGCACCAUUAGGGGAUAAUCCAUAUGCUGCACAAAAUGGUAACUUAGAAAAGGGGCAGCUCAGAAAAUGUAGGUUUCUACAUACACCAGGACUGCCAAAUGUAACGACGGAAAAUCAGUGUUCCUUUUUUAAAACGAACCAAGAAAAGUUAAGUGACGCUGUAAGGGCCAAUGCCAGUGGCAACAUCAACCCUGUUGAAUUUGCGGCACAGCAUGUUGAUCAAAAUGUGCAGAGGAAAGUCGGUGCAUAUGCUCCCUGGGGUGAUGCCCGUCGGGUGGUGAUUCCUGGUAGAGCGGGGCAGUUUCCCUCCCCAUAUGUUCAUUGGCCACAAUGUGCACCCCAGAACGCGCUUCACAUGUUGCCCCCGAACGCGAACCCAAAUAGGUCCCCAAUAAAUAUGCACAGACAUAGGGAGAACCCGAGAGGCAUGUCUCCCUCCGAUGGGCGUAGCUCCCCCUGCAGUGGCUAUCGCCCCCAAGGAGCGAGUCUAAUCAAGCAGAAUGCUCUAACGGAAAAACAGAAAGUACAACCUGGAUAUUCGCUCACAAGCUUAGCGAAGCAGCCAAACCAACAAGGGGCCACACUAACCAGCUCGCUUGUGUCACCCAACAAGGUAAAGGGGAACACACACCGAGCAGUGACUUUCCUCGACGAGCCUUUGAUCUUAAAAAAUGACACCCAUCAAGAUGGCUCCCAUCCAAAUAGCCCAUUUCAACAAGGCACGCAUCCAAAUGAGUUCCCCCUCCAGAGUGCUUCCCACAUGACUGGAAAGCACAACCAAACCAGUGAUGAAAAAAUUAGUUUAAGUGCCAAAGGACAUGUUCCCCACCAGCCAAACAAGUGCGUAGAAUGGGAGAAAUCCGAGGAAGCGCGCAAAUUCGAUCUAAAGUACAACGAAAUCAAUUUUAAAAGCAUCCAGUGUAUAGAACAGACAAAGAACCAGUUCGCAGAUCACAUAUAUAAUAUGGCCAAAGGUUGCAACACAGCAUGUUCUGAAAGGGAAUAUACAUACACGGAUAACACGUGUGUGAAAAGUGAAAAUUCAUUUGGAAAAAACAGAAAAUUUUCUCCCUUUUUUGGAUUACGUAAUAGUGGAAAUUAUUCAAAUACCGAGGACCACACAGAGUGCACAGAAAAGACAAGUCCAACUGCAACAACAAAAUCGUUUCAGUUGAGCAUUCAGCUGGGCGAACGCGAGUGGGGCAAAAUUAAAUUCACUUGUGAUGAUAUCCUUGAUGAUAAGAUUAAUAAGUUUAUUGAAAGUAAUAACUUAAAGAAAAUCUUUUUAUCUCCCUUGCGCGAAAAAUUGAAGUACAUGUUGAAAAAUGAUGUGCCCAAGUGGAGCAUGAGCAUUACUGAGAUGCUGUGA